GCGAACAUGCGCACUGCUCUCUGAUUGGUUUAAAGUCGACUUAGCUUUCAUAAGCCCCACCCUCUGCUUUUAUAUAUAGUUAAAGUAGCACGUAGAGCUCACACUUAACACGCGACACUAGAGAUAUUCACAAGGUUCACUUGGUGAAAUGGUUGUUCUGGUCAAACCAAAUCCUCAGUUGGGCAGCAAAGCGAUGGAUGGAAACCAGCACAAAGCUGAGGCCAAUGUUCUGCUUCUUGGAGCAGAAAAUGUUGGGAAGUCAGCUCUCACCGUGCGAUUUCUCACCAGAAGGUUCAUCGGAGAAUAUGGAGAUAUUGAAUCAAUAUACAGUCAUAUUGACAAAACGGAUGGGCGAGGUAUAGCCUUAAACAUUUGGGACUCCCUGUAUCCACAGAGCUGCGAAACAACCGAAUCCAUCAGUGACAAGCAGCUCCAGUGGGCAGACGGUGUGAUCUUGGUCUACAGCAUCUGCGAUCGCUCCAGCUUCGAGGUGGUCCGGCAACAGGUGCAGCUCAUCCGCCAAACUAGGAAGCUGUCUGCAUCUACCCCGAUCAUCAUCGUGGGUAACAAGCGAGACCUGCUGCAUCAGAGAGCCGUGUCGAGCGAGGAGGGCAGACUGUUCGCCCUCUCGGCAGACUGCGGCUUCUUCGAGAUCUCGGCGGCUGAAACCUACCAUGGCGUGCAGCUGGUCUUUCACGAAAUCCUGGACCUCAUCAAGGUGUCCAGAGCACUUAAAAAGGGGAUGGUCGGAAUCAAGGGUAUCGUCAGAAGCGUGUCCGCAGUGUUCGGAAAGAAACGAGAGUGAAGAACUUUUGAAGAUGAUGAGCAAGAUGAAAAUAUGAGGCCCUUGGCAGCCUAGCAUCUAAAUAGCUGAAAACAGGACACCUGGCCUAUGGGUUUUUUGGGGCCAAAGGGAGUCACUUUCGCCCUAUUAAUCUUCAUGGAUGAUGGAAGGAGAAAGAAUAGGACGACAGCAUGUUAAAGAGUUCAGAGCCCAGCUUUGGUGAAGAAAUGUAGAUGGAGUUUGUUAGAGCAAGGCAAUUAAAAAAUGUGCUGAAGAUAUGUGAUCCUGGGUUUUGAUGCAAGGUGGUUACUAGGUAUGUGUACUGAAA